AUGGAGCGAUGUAUGCGGCUACUCAAUCCGUCGAUCCUGGGCUGUCCCGCCCUCCACCAAGUCGAAGCGAUGAACAACCAAGCGUUUGGUCCGACCUUGGAAUCGGAACGUGUGCGCGCCAAGCUGCUGCGGUAUAUCCGUCACAUAUUGGACCAGGGCCAGUGCUCGUAUUCGAUCACGCCGUCGGGGUCGUACCCGCUCAAAACGUACCUGCCCGAUUCCGACAUUGACAUGUGUCUGGAAGUACCGGACGCGGCCGCCACGUGGCAUCUUGCCGUGACCCAAGCGCUGAUUGGCGCCGCAACACCCGCCGCCGCGGAGAGUGGGGGCAGCAGAGAGUCAUUCACCUUGGAAGAUGCGGGGGGAAGUGGCGUGGAGGAAGAUGGAGGACGUGUCGUUGUAGCUGAGAGCGCCGAAGAAAGGUGGAAGAAGGAUGAAAGGUUUGGGACGUGUUCCAUCCAGCAGAUGGACGUGAUGGAGAAGCGCGACGUUUAG